GUUUUCUUUCCACCUUUUUCUUUUUUGCAAAAGCAUAAUGUUAUGUAGUAGACCGUGGGGUCGCUAUGGACUCUCUUUACAAAAUAUAUCACGUCAGGCACUGUGUCGAAAAUGGAUUUCUUUGACAACGACUAGACCUCUUAUAUUACCACGACGAUCCUUUAUUGUCACUUCUCGAGUACAAGAUCAACAUUUGCAUGGAUAUAAGGAUGUUGAUCGUUAUCAUGGUCAAUACCCAACUCGAACUCAUAUGUGUGGUGAACUUCGACCUAGUGAUCAAAAUAAACAUGUUGUAUUAUGUGGAUGGGCUCAACCCUCAAGAUCCAUGUCUCAAGAGCUCGUCUUUCUACCUAUUCGAGAUGCUUCUGGUACAACACAACUCGUUUAUCGUGCCGAACAUUGUCCUCCAGAUAUAAAGACAACCAUUCAACAAUUAUCAACAGAAAGUGUGAUUUGUGUCGAAGGUAUUGUACGCACUCGACCUGAAGGUACCAUCAAUCAUCAAUUACCAACGGGAGGUGUGGAAGUGGAUAUUCAACGUAUUUAUUGCUUGAAUCCUGCAUCACCUCAGUUACCUUUCUGGCCCUCUCAAACUCAACUGCCUAAUGAAGAAAUGAGAUUAAAAUAUCGAUACCUUGAUCUACGACGUCCAACACUACAAAAUAAUAUUCGAUUGAGAUCUUUGAUGGCCAAUACAAUACGACAAUAUUUGAUUGAACAUCAUCAAUUUACGGAAAUUGAAACACCUACGUUAUUCAAAUCGACCCCUGAAGGUGCAAGAGAAUUCGUGGUACCAACAAGGAAACCUGGUUUGUUUUAUGCUUUACCUCAAAGUCCUCAACAACAUAAACAAAUGCUCAUGGCAGCUGGAUUCGAUCGAUAUUUUCAAAUUGCUCGUUGUUUUCGGGAUGAGGAUUUACGUGCUGAUCGUCAACCUGAAUUUACUCAAAUUGAUUUGGAAAUGAGUUUUGUUUCGGCUCGUCAAGUCCAACAAGUCAUUGAAGGUAUGGUGGCUGCUAUUUGGUCCAAGGCUUUAGGGAUUCAACUUUCAGAACAAUCUUUUCCUCAUAUGACUUAUCAAGAGGCCAUGACAAAGUAUGGUUCGGAUAAACCUGAUCUUCGUUUUGAUUUACAGAUUCAAGAUAUGUCAAUAUGUUUAAAGGAUAAGACAAAAUCAUUGGAUUGUUUGGUAGUUAAAAAUGGGGCAUCACAAUUGACAGGUGGUGAUUUGAAAUCAUUGAUCAAGGAUUUAGAAUUGACCGAAACAGAACAACAAUUAUUUGGAUUUGUCAAGAUUAAUGAAAACAACAUACAACAAUGGCCAUUGAAAUGUGGAGGAGGAUUGAAGCAGAUGAUGCAAUAUUCACAAGACACACAACAAAAUAUGAAUACAACAUUGAAUGUGGAACCAGGGGAUCUAAUAUUUUUACAUCAGCGACCUAACUAUCUCUAUGGUGGCAAUACAUUAAUGGGACGAACAAGAUUACAAGUGGCUAAUCAAUUACAACGAAAAGGACAUCUGACCAUCCCACAUCAUUUAUUCAAAUUUACAUGGAUUGAAUCAUUUCCUUUGUUUACACCUGAUGAACAAGGUAUUCGAACAUGGCAAGCAACACAUCAUCCAUUUACGGCACCUUUUGAUCAAGAUAUUCCUUUAUUGGCAACGGAUCCAGCCAAAGUUCGUGGGCAACAUUAUGAUUUAGUAUUAAAUGGUAUGGAAAUUGGUGGUGGAUCUAUACGAAUUCAUUCUCCUGUCAUGCAAACUUUUAUCUUUGACAAAGUGUUACAGUUGGAAAAACAUGAAUAUGAACGAUUUGAUCAUUUGAUUGAUGCAUUAGGUGGUGGAUGUCCUCCUCAUGGUGGAAUUGCUCUUGGUUUUGAUCGAUUAAUGGCGAUUUUAUGUCAAGCAAAUUCUAUUCGAGAUGUGAUUGCUUUUCCAAAAGCAGCAGGUGGAAAAGAUUUUGUAGUAGAUAGUCCAUCACAAGUGACUGUAUCUCAAUUGAAAGAAUAUGGUUUACAAAUACUAGAUGAUAUCAAAUAGAUGAAUAAAGUGUAGAUUCCCUAAUGAUAAUAAAAUAGAGUUUUUUUUUUAUUUUUAUUUUUGGUAUUUUGUAUGUAAUGUAUUCGUACAUAUAGAAAAGUAUUUACACAUUUAAGUGUAAUGUGAUCGCCGUAGCGAAAGUAGGAUGGCGAUAACCAUC